AUGUUGCUGCUAAAUCAUAACGAAUAUUCCAGCUCCGUCCCAUAUAGGUCCAACUAUGUCCCUGGUGACAGCAUGAUGGGGUUAGGAGCAUACGGAGGAUACGGUGGUGGUAUGGGAUCACCGUAUGGAAUGGCCUAUCCGGGAAUGUUUGGAAUGAGUCCAUAUGGAAUGGCGGGAAUGCCUGGCAUGGGAGCGAUGGGAAUGGGUGGUGCAUACGGAUCUCCAUUCUCUCCUGGAGGUCUUUACGGUGGUGGCCUUGGUGGUAUGGGUUCUCCUGUGGGCAUGGGUUUAGGAACUAACUCUUUCUUCAAAAAAUGA